UUGAAUGUAAUCAAAUUUCAUGUUUUCCGAUUACAACGUGUAGCCGGUAUUAGAAAUUUAGUUCUUAAAAAACAUUGAAAAAACAGGGUUUGAAAUAUUCAGACUUAAAUGAUAAUAUAAAUCAAAAUAAUAUUAUAAUGGCAUCUCAAUUUUACACUGUUACAGCCCACAAAGCCACUGCGGUAUGCACCAGUAUUUCAGGAAACUUCUCUUCGCCAACCGAUCGUAAUUUAAUUGUUGCUAGAUUCAAUCGUAUUGAAAUAUAUCUAGUAACAGAAGAAGGCCUCCAACCUAUAAAAGAAAUUGCUUUAUAUGGAAAAAUUGAAAUAAUGAAAGUAUUUAGGCCUAAAAAUAUGAAGAAAGACUUAUUAUUUGUAGUAACAGCUCGUUAUAAUACUAUGAUAUUAGAAUGUAAUCAAAUUAGUGGUAACAUAGAAAUCAUUACUAAAGCACAUGGAAAUAUAUCUGAUCACGUCGGAAAAGUGUCAGAAAUUGGAGCCAUGGCUGUAAUUGAUCCAAGUGCUAGAGUAAUUGGUCUUAAACUUUAUGAUGGUCUAUUCAAAAUAAUACCUUUAGAUAAAGAAGGAGAACUGAAAGCAUAUUGUUUAAGAAUGGAUGAAGUAGAAGUACAAGAUAUUGAUUUCUUGUAUGGUUGCACAAAUCCUACUAUUCUAGUUAUACACCAAGAUACUAUGGGUCGCCAUAUUAAAGCUAAAGAAUUAUCAUUGAAAGAUAAAGAGUUUGUUAAGACUCCUUGGAAACAAGAAAAUGUUGAAACUGAAGCAUCCAUGAUUAUUCCUGUGCCUGAACCUCUAUGUGGUGCCAUUAUUAUUGGUCGAGAAUCAGUACUUUAUCACAAUGGUUCAUUUUUUGUUGCCAUUUCACCACCAGUUAUUAAACAAAGUACUAUAGUGUGCUACGCUAGAGUAGAUCCUGAAGGAACAAGAUAUCUUCUAGGAGAUAUGGCAGGUCAUUUAUUUAUGUUACUGCUUAAUUAUGAAAGAAAUUUAGAUGGAACAUUUAAAAUUAAGGAUCCAAAAGUUGAUUUGUUAGGAGAAAUUAGUAUCCCUGAAUCACUUACAUAUCUUGACAAUAAAGUAAUUUAUGUUGCAUCUCGAGUUGGCGAUUCUCAAUUAAUAAAACUUAAUAAUAAACCUGAUCAAUAUGGUUCUUAUAUUUCUGUUUUGGAUACUUUUAUGAAUCUGGGACCAAUUGUAGAUAUGUGUGUGAUUGAUUUAGAAAGACAAGGUCAAGGCCAAGUUGUUACUUGUUCAGGAGCAUACAAGGAAGGAUCUCUUAGAAUAAUACGCAAUGGAAUAGGAAUACAGGAAGUUGCCACAAUUGACUUAGUUGGAAUUAAAGGAAUGUGGCCUUUGAGUGUUGAUUUAAAUAGUAAUCUUGAUGAUACACUUGUUUUGUCAUUUGUUGGCCAUAGUCGAGUUUUAGCAUAUAAUGGAGAUGAAGUUGAAGAGGUAGACUUAGAAGGAUUUCAGUCAGAUUUACAAACUUUUUACUGUGGUAAUACAUCUGAAAACAAAAUGAUUCAAAUAACAUCAGCAAGUGUACGAUUAAUAUGUUUGGAGUCUAAACGACUUGUGAACGAAUGGACUGUACCCUCAAGUGAGAGUAUUAAUGUAGUAUCUUGUAAUGGACACCAAGCAGUUUGUGCAACUGGCAAUAGUUUAUACUACAUAGAAAUUGGUGGAGAUAAAGUUGUUCAAAAUGGAUUUAUAACAUUGGAACAUGAAGUGUCAUGUCUUGAUGUUUGCUCAUUCAAAGAUGAAUUUGAUAAAACUACUAGUUUAGUAGCUGUUGGAUUAUGGAUGGAUAUAUCGGUUAAAGUACUACAAUUACCUGAUUUUACAGAAUUAAUUAGAGAACCUCUAGGCGAAGAAAUAAUUCCUCGUUCAAUUUUGAUGGUUACCUUUGAAAAUAUUCACUAUUUAUUGUGUGCCCUUGGUGAUGGUAGUUUGUGCUAUUUUCACUUAAAUCCUGAAAGUGGAAUGUUAACAGACAAAAGAAAGGUUAAUCUUGGAACUCAACCAACACUUAUUAGAAAGUUUCAAUCACUUUCAACUACAAGUGUUUUUGCUUGUUCAGAUCAUCCAACUGUAAUUUAUUCAUCAAAUAACAAGUUAAUAUUUUCUAAUGUCAAUCUAAGAAAAGUCAAUCAUAUGUGUUCUUUAAAUACUAAAAGUUACCCUGACAGUUUGGCUAUGGCUACUGAUUCUUCUAUUAUUAUUGGCACUAUUGAUGAAAUGCAAAAAUUACAUAUACGCACAAUCCCUCUAGGGGAAGCACCUAGAAGAAUUGCUCAUCAAGAAAUCAGCAAAUCAUUUGGUGUUAUAACAAUGAGAAUUGAUGUCCAUGAAGGGAUUAACUUAGUUCCUGCCAGACCUAGUGCCAGUACAAAUGCUCAAAAUAUUUCUGGAGCAGUGAGUAAUCGUAUUCCUAGUAAUGCUACAUCAUCAAACAGUAAUCAAGGAUCACUGAGUAUAGGAAACAGUGAAUAUGGUCUUGAAGUUGAAAUACACAAUAUGCUAAUACUUGAUCAAAAUACUUUUGAAGUGUUACAUGCUCACCAAUUAAAAACUAAUGAAUAUGCAUUAAGUAUUAUAUCUGCGAAAUUAGGAGAAGAUCCAACUACUUAUUAUAUCUUAGGAACAGCGGUUGUUAAUCCUGAAGAUCAGGACCCCAAAGUUGGGCGUAUCGUAAUUUUUUAUUGGGAUGAUUCAUCAUCAAAAUUAACACAAAUAACUGAAAAAGAGGUCAAGGGUGCUUGCUAUGGAAUGGCAGAAUUUAAUGGGAAACUCUUAGCUGCAGUUAAUUGUACUGUGCGUCUCUUUGAAUGGACUGCUGAAAAGGAAUUGAGACUUGAAUGUAGUCAUUUUAAUAAUAUUGUUGCGCUCUUUGUUAAAACCAAAGGAGAUUUUAUUAUUUGUGGCGAUUUGAUGCGAUCAUUAACUUUAUUACAAUACAAAACAAUGGAGGGCAGUUUUGAAGAGAUUGCUAGAGAUUACUGUCCUAAAUGGUCAACAGCAAUAGAAAUAGUUGAUGAUGACAUUUUUAUUGGAGCUGAAAAUGAUAAAAACUUAUUUAUUAUUCAAAAAGAUAGUACUUUAACUAGUGAUGAAGACCGACAUCAACUACAAGAAAUUGGUCAGUUUCAUUUAGGCGAUUUAGUAAAUGUUUUCCGCCAUGGUUCAUUAGUAAUGCAACAUUUCACAGAUACAUAUGUAUCAAUUCAAGGGGGAAUACUUUAUGGAACAUGUAGUGGAGCCUUAGGAUUAGUUACACAGUUAAGUCCAAAAAUGUUUGAAUUCUUAACUGACCUUCAAGAUAGUUUAUCUAAUGCAAUUAAAGGAGUCGGCAAAAUCAAGCACCAAUAUUGGAGAAGUUAUCAUACUGAAAUAAGAACAGAACCAGCAGAAGGAUUUGUUGAUGGUGAUUUAAUAGAAAGUUUCUUAGAUUUACCAAAAUCUGAGAUGAAUUCUGUUAUUGAAGGGCUUAAGAGUUCAUAUUAAUGUAAAGGUAAAAGGACGCCCUGGAAUUAUGUUAGAAGUAGAUUUUAAAGUUCCAAAAAAGGAUCGAAAAGAAAUCAAAAACGCUUGAAGAAAGAUAAAAAAGAAGUUAUGACGAGUACCUAGUCAUUUGAGUCACCUAGUAAGUUGAAUAUUAUUUCAAAAUUAUAAUUUAAUAAUCAAGUAUUUAUUGAAGCAGCACAAGCAGAAAUGGGCUCACCAUUAUCAGAAAAGUAAGUCAUAAUUAAGAUGAAUUUAACAAACCUGGUUUAUCUAAACUGUGCGUUUAAUAGCCAACUAAAGGAAUAAUUGAUUUCAUUACGUCAAAACUUGUUGCUGCUUUCCAUAAAUGCAAAAUAUGUGACAGAGAUGAAGUUCAUGUAUUCAUAUCAACAACAGAAGCAUUAGUAGAGGAUGUUGAAAAGUCAAUUAUAAAUAAAUUCUUAAUUCAAAACUCACGUAUGUGUUCCCUUAAAAUACGCGCUGAAAAAAUCCGUCAAGAUUAUUGGAUAAAUAUUAAAGA